GCGCACUCCACAGAAUUCGUCUGCACACUUGAUGCGUUGGCAGCGGGCAGUUUCCGUGCCGGACAGCAGUUUUGCCGAUGCGUUUGCUGUCAAACACUUAGAUUGCUGCGGCGAUCGUUCUAAGCUGCUGCUUCGACGAAUAUGUUAACACAGUUAUGCAGACUCUGUGUGACUACUUGAGCCCGUUCUAACCAAUGCUCAGCGGCCGUACUGUCCUCGCACAGGCAUUCCUCGGAUUCGUCGUCAGCUAACAGACGUCCGGACGGACUUUGAGCUGCAGCGACAUGGGGAAUGCCGAAACCCACGAGGGAUCCCCGCCGCCAGACUUGCUCAACAGACAUCUCGACCUCAGUGUCAAAGUUGACGACCGCUCUUUCCAUAAGCACAUCAGCGGCGACCACAGCGAGAAGAGCCUUACGGAUCUUCCGUGGGGCCUCAGAGACGCCGUUUCGUUGUACGAGUCGCUGAACGUGUCGUUCAACGAACUUGCAACGUUGCCUCCCGAGCUGCCGUUCAGACUGCCGCACCUACGCGUGUUGGACCUGAGCUACAACCGGCUCAAGUCGCUGCCGGAGAGCAUCGGGUUCCUCUUCCACCUCGAAGAGUUGCUGAUUCCGUUCAACCAGCUCGACUCCAUACCAGACUCGGUAGUCUACUUAAAGGUACUGCAAAAGCUUGACCUCUCGCACAACUUCAUCACACGGCUGCCCGACAACCUGGGGAAGAUCACGACCCUGGCCAAACUUAACGUGAGUCACAACAAGCUCACGUCCCUGCCAAAGUCACUGGGGAGGCUGCCCAACCUUAAAACGAUUCUUGCCUCUGGGAAUGCUGACAUUACGAGCCCACCGCCUGCAGUCUGCGAGAAAGGUUCGGACGCCGUCCUACAGCACCUGCGAAAGUCAGUCCGCAUGCAAGAGAAGCCAACGCUGCGGGCUGUCGAAUGCAACCAGUUCCCAAGAGUGCGUGGAAACCUAGUAGCAUCCUCAGUGCCGAAUCUCCACUCGGCACACGCGCAGUACUUGCAGAUACAGACUGACACUGUGAACACGGCAAGUCGUAUCAAGACUCCACUUCUCCCACCUAUUGGUGCCACGAAAUUGGAACCCAAUACACUUACGGACAGGAUAACAGGCCUGCUGUAUGGAGCUGCCAUUGGCGAUGCAAUUGGUAUUGCCACCGAGUUCCUGACUGUAGAUGAGUGCGCCUUCUACUAUGACCUACAGUGCCUCGAGUAUGCAUCUAUAAGGAGAGAUGAGCAUCGGGUGCGAUGGAAGCAGGGGGACUGGACAUGCAAUGCUGAUCAAAUGUUUUUAGUGCUCGACUCAUUGCUGCGAUGGGCUGGCGUUGUUGACGAACUCGACUUUGCGAAACGACUGGUAUCCUGGAAACGUUCUGGCGUGGCCGAGCUUGGAGAUGCGGAAGGUUUCCUCCUGUCUGACCUCACAAAACUGGUGCUGCAGGAGGAAGGCUACAUGAGCGCCCCGCACCAAGUAGCAUUGCAAGUCUUCCAACGAAGCCAGCCUGCCUGCAACAAUGGCCUUGGCAAACCACACGAAGCUGGCGCUCCAGUUCUGGUUGACAAUGGCUCCCUAACAAGAGCUAUUGCACUAGGCAUACCAGUGUUCCACAACUUGUCAGAGGUUGCGUCAAACUCUGUGCGGAUCUGCCUAGCCACUCACCCAGAGGAACAGUGCAAGGCAGCAUCAGUGGCCAUUUCAACAACCCUUGCAACCAUACUACAGGGUAAGCACAACCUUUACAGCUGCACAGAUGUGGAGAGGCUACUUGACACAGUGUUCCAGCUAUCAGUGAAGCAGCUGACAAGCGAAGGCAACAUUGCAAGCUUCAAGAAAUGCUUUGAAGCAAGCAGCUUUGAAGAGUUGCAGCUGAAUGAUCAGCAGCUGAGCAGUCACCCAUUCAAGUCCUUAUCUGCAAGCAUCAUGGCUCUCAAGCAGUGCACUGAUUACAGGUCUACCAUCAGCUGCCUAGCCAUGCAAGGGGGCCACAGCAGUGUCAACUGCUGCCUAGCGGGUGCCUUCCUCGGCUGCCGGGACGGCUUUUCGGCCCUGCCCGAGUCCUGGGUGCAGGGGCUGCUGCCUAAGCAGCGCGCAUGGCUCAACGAGCGUGUCAACAGCCUGCUCGACAAGAUGGGCCUCCCCUGAGCACCAUCGGAGAGCUGCCUUCAUUGAAGCUCUUCUCAAUUUUGUUGUUAGGAGCCUCGCAACCAGAGUGCUAGUUUGUGGAACCGGUGGUGUGUUGUACCAGUACAGACUCCUACGAACCCAUCUAAAGCAUGGGAGCAGUGGACUCGGAAGAGCAUCUGUGUUGUCUGGUGUAGGCUACUGGUUUAAGAUGAGUUCCUGUGUGUAUAGGUGACCAUAUGGCCUGGCACAUAGCUUCUUACAGUUACCUAUAGAGUGAAAAGUGGUGCUGUAGUGCUGUUGUACGCACGGCAGUGCCGGGAAAUGAGGGUUUCAGAGUGCUACCUUUUUCGUAGUUCCAGGACACAUAUGAUGACACGCUCGGCAACCAGCACUCCAUCUGUCAUAAUGGUUGGGUCCCUAUAAAACAGUGUCUAAAAUAAACUUUUUUUCUCUGUUAAGGAAGAAAAAUUUUCGUUAAAGCACGAACUCUCAUACUAGCGCGCAAAGUUAUACAGAAUGGGAACAAUAUCAAUGGUGCAUUGCUAAACUUGGAGAAAAGAUGGGGACCAGGUUUACUGCGCAUCGACUCCAGUUGUGCAUUUUAAUUUUCUUUGUUUGCUUGGUACGGUAUACUCUACGCGGGCAAACAUUGAUGCAUGGGGUGUUAUGGGAAGACACCAAUGAAGAUUUCAGACCAAGAAAUCCGCAUUUAUUUGCACAACAAUGCUGCAUUUUUGGCCAAGCCACAUCUAAGAUAAGCCGAACUAUCCACGUCCUAGCAUUCCCGUGGAGUCACACUGUCCUUUAUUAAUAUACUCGCAUAGAUGGUGGCACUCGAGUUCCCUUCAGGUAGUGCUAUAGGGAGCUCUGUGCCCUGGCCACCGGUAGCUUAUGCUUCUUAGGCUGCAGUCGGCUUUCACGACUCCCUUGUAUGACUGACACCACUCUAUGCUAGACGAGCAAUUGCAAAGUUCUGAGGUGAAAACAUGUCUUAUUGACUUGCGCUCUCUUCAGCAGCCAUCUUUGCUGCACAGAAGAAAAUGUGUGACAUUGGAGUCUCCCCUUUACGCUGCAAGUCAAAAAUGCUUCACUUGUAACCCUAAAUCUCUAUAUGUAUACAUGUGCAGUGGUUCUGCAAGCGCAGGUCAUGUAAAAAUUCCAAUGUGACAUUGUGAUAAGUGCUACAUUGUAAAGAAAAACCUUGUACAUUAGAAUGCUGCCUGUUUCAGGACAAUAUUAUAGGAAAAGAACAUUUUGUGUACAGUGCUGUUGCAGCUAAUCUUGAGCCACACUUCUAUCAAGUCAGGAAAAACCACAUGCAUGAGCAGCUGGUUGCAAAUGUGCCACCACACCAGAACAAAGGCUCGGGCGAUGCAAACAUAGGAAAUCAGCUCUUUUUUUUUUGCGGAGCAGUAGAACAUCAUCGAUUUGUCCUGAGAAAGCACAGUGGGGUGAAAGAAUAGAGAGAACAUAUAUAACCUGGAAAAAUUAGCAUCACCAAAUACAAACGGGGUGUUAUAGAGUUUUAACUUAUAUGGGUAGUAGUACGUCUUAGCAUUAACAUAGCGGAAUACUGGUACGAAGCAGCUGACAUCACCACUGGAGACAUCUUGCGAUGCCACGCUCAAGCAGGUCUAAGGGGCUCAUUUGCAUUCUGUGAUUCUACUUAUCUGUUGGCAUAACAGUUUUUCACAGCGACUUACCUGUUGGCAUUACAGUUUUUCACAGCAAUGCAAGCUUCACAAUACUGUACUUUUUCCUACCAGAAAGUGCGAGACAAACAAGUUAUAGCACAUUCUCAUCUGAAACGCACCAUCACCAGAUGUUGCCACAAGUGCUGCUGUUUGUGUUGCUUUGCAUUGCCAUACUGGUACUAUUCUGCUACGCGUAAUGCCAACACUGACACUUAUUGGUAACAAAGCAGCUAUGAAACUCCUGUCGUCAAUGCAUUUCAUGGCGAAUUCUGGAACUGAGAAACUGUAUAAAAGACGUUUUACUGUAGAGACAGAUCUAAAAGGCAACUGGAGAGUUUGGUUACAAAAGCUGUUAAGUGUGGUAGCUCAAUAUCUGAGUUUACGUUUCAGGGUUAAAAAACUGCCAACUUUGGCAGCUAUGUUUUAUACCUGUAAUACGCUAUGCCUUUCUUCUUUUUGGCAAGUUGUUACCAAUACACCUUUCUCAUUAUAAAAGUACUGGGGUGCCA